CAGGGGAUGGCAGGAGAGGGUGACAGACAAGGCAAUGACUACAUUCAACAGUGCAGGAAUUGAAUUGCUGCAAUGUAGAUAGACGCUCGAACAAUUUGCUUUGGGAACACAGAGCAAGAAGCAUUGAACUCCACGAAGUUGGGCACGAUUUUUUUAGAGGCAGAGAGGUUUACUCCUGAUGGAUCCGUGGAAGGACCAAAUGAACAACAAGAGAGAGCACACAAGCAGGGAAAGCAGCGGAGUGAGGGAGAGAAGCAGACCCCUUGCUGAGCAAAGAGCCCAAUGCGGGCUCAAAACCAAGACCCCGGGAUCAUGACCUGAGCUGAAGGCAGAAAGAAGGCAGAUGCCCAACCGACUGAGCCACCCAGGUCUCUAUGAAGAUGUUUCUGAAUCUUCCAAUCAGAGAAACUCUUGGAGAAUGUCUUUCACCACAGUGAAGGAUUAACUAGGAAAGAGGAAGACGUGGGACACAGGAAACAUAAAACCCACCAGAGGUGAGAGGGAAAGGGAAUUCCCAGGAAGAUAGUGAGAGGACAUCCCAGAAUGACAACCAUGUAUCCGGCCCAAAGGGUAACCGGUUCAGAUGAAGCAUGCCAGAGCCUUCAAGAGGAACUUUAAGAAGAUGAAAUUGAUGGUCUGCUUGGUAUGAAUAAACAUAUUAAGAAGUGAUUAAGAACACCAAAAGCAUGUUUGCAUCAAAUUUCUGGGAAGUCACAGAAAACUCUACAGAAGAGAAAACAAGGUUCAAGGUUUGAGAGAUACUGACCGCGCCGAACUGACUAGUGCGGGGGAGGGGGGGCCCCGGCUAGUGGCCACUCGCCCUCUGCGUCUUCCCUGGCAGCGCGGUGGGCGCCGGCUCCUCGGAUGAGCUAUCCAGUUCCCCGACUUUGAGACGCGCCUCUGCCCCGCCCGACCGCCCAGAUGCAGUUUCGCCUCUUCUCCUUUGCCCUCAUCAUCCUGAAUUGUAUGGAUUACAGCCACUGCCAAGGCAACCGAUGGAGACGCAGUAAGCGAGCUAGUUAUGUAUCAAAUCCCAUUUGCAAGGGUUGUUUGUCUUGUUCAAAGGACAAUGGGUGCAGCCGAUGUCAACAGAAGUUGUUCUUCUUUCUUCGAAGAGAAGGCAUGCGCCAGUAUGGAGAGUGCCUGCAUUCCUGUCCAUCUGGGUACUAUGGACACCGAGCCCCAGAUAUGAACAGAUGUGCAAGAUGCAGAAUAGAAAACUGUGAUUCUUGCUUUAGCAAAGACUUUUGUACCAAGUGCAAAGUAGGCUUUUAUUUGCAUAGAGGCCGCUGCUUUGAUGAAUGUCCAGAUGGUUUUGCACCAUUAGAUGAAACCAUGGAAUGUGUGGAAGGAUGUGAAGUUGGUCAUUGGAGCGAAUGGGGAACUUGUAGCAGAAAUAAUCGCACAUGCGGAUUUAAAUGGGGUCUGGAAACCAGAACACGGCAAAUUGUUAAAAAGCCAGCAAAGGAUACAAUACCAUGUCCAACCAUCGCCGAAUCCAGGAGAUGUAAGAUGGCCAUGAGGCACUGUCCAGGAGGAAAGAGAGCCCCAAAAGCAAAGGAGAAGAAGAACAAGAAAAAGAAGAGGAAGCUGAUAGAAAGAGCCCAGGAGCAACACAGUGUCUUCCUAGCUACAGACAGGGCCAACCAGUAAAAUAAAAGACACGUAGGGUAGAUUUUGGGGAGGGGGUUUGCUUUUGCAAAAGUGCACAAAGCUCCUCUCCACUCCUGGACCCUGGCAUGUGGCCUUUGUGCUGCUCUGACCAGUAUCUGUUCCCAGUAACGUUGUGAAUGGAGGAGCCACGAGCGUGGUCUCUGUUAUUUAUGCUUUGAUUUGCAUCUGGAGCCUAUGAAGGCAGGAGCCCACAACCUGAAUCCAUGGAAGCAGGAGUUAGGGGUCCAGCAUGGGCCUUGGCUCCACGA